GCAGCUGUCGUGCUUGUCCUGUCCCUUGCUGUGGUCGCAGCCGAUGUGGUGCAGCUUCCAUCCGCACACAGCUCGCUCGACCGCACGCCGUUGUACGCCGGGUGCUCAGCACGGAACAGCAGGACCGCUCUACCGGGAUUCUACAGAGAUCUGCUGCUGCAUGCUCCUCGUUGCGGCCGAGCUCGUCGUCAUGGCCGUCACCUGGGCGGAGAUGGUGCACUACCGGCAGAGCACGGACUUUAGGCGUGUGCUGACGCUGUCGUGCGUGCUAUAUGAGAACGGACGGGCCUACUUCGUGUCAACGAUGGUCAUGCACAUGCUCCACCUCGUUUCUCCACUACUCUCGCUUGCGGUCCCGGCGAGCCCGGCACGCGCACCGGACAUGAUGAGCCUUAGCAUCAUCCUCGUCGAGCCGAUUAUCGCGAUCCUUGUAAACCGCUUCCUACUCGCACUCCAAGCUGCCGCCGCGUCCGCAUCCGCGCCCCGCCCCGACGACACGCUCGCAUUGUCUGCAGCUGACUCGGGGCGGGUCUCGGUAGGCCUGCUGCAGCUCGUGCGCGCGGACGUGGACGAGUGGAUACAGUCCGAGGGCGCGCCGCCUGCCGACAGUGUGGAAUCCGAUGAGGUUACUUUGGACGGGGAGCGGGAGGAGGAGUGUGGGGCGGACAUGAGCAUGGUCAUGCAGCGGGUCGGUUGCGCGGUGUAGAGCGUGGAGAGGCCCAGCAGGGGUGCGGGGUCCGAGACAGUUCAUGAUAGUAGAAGGUAAUCCAACAUGUAUUCGAAUCGACG